GUCUCAAAAAUUGUGUGCGAAGUUCGCGUUUCGAUUCAAUCACUUCGCGUGCAGUGGAAAGAAAAUCGCGAGAAUUUCCCCAGCACAAGCAAGCAGGAGGAAUAUCAGCAGUGUGUUCAUUACUAGCUAGUGUUUACGGUUUCCAGUCCGGAGGAUAUAUAGUGGGAAGAUGCCUGCCAAGGAGCGAAACAUUGCCAUGAUGGGCUACCGAUCCGUAGGGAAGUCAUCGCUCAGUAUUCAAUUCGUCGAAGGGCAAUUUGUGGAUUCGUACGAUCCGACCAUCGAGAACACCUUCACCAAAAUCACCCGCGUCAAUUCGACCGACUAUGAAGUGAAACUGGUCGACACAGCCGGUCAGGAUGAGUACAGCAUAUUCCCUGCCCAGUACAGCAUGGACUUCCAUGGGUACGUGCUGGUGUAUUCCAUCACCAGUCAGAAGUCGUUCGAGGUCAUUCAGAUCAUCUACGAGAAGCUGCUGGACGUGAUGGGCAAGGCUUACGUCCCCGUGGUACUGGUAGGAAACAAGACCGAUUUGCACCAGGAACGAGCCGUCUCAACCGAGGAAGGCAAAAAGCUAGCCGAAUGUUGGAAGGCACAAUUCUUAGAGACAUCUGCCAAGCAAAAUGAGUCCGUAGCCGACAUAUUCCACCUAUUGUUGCAGCAGAUCGAGCGCGACAAUGGAAACACCGGCGAAAAGAGCAGCUGUACAAUUUCCUGAACAGCAGGUGAGGAUGUCAUGCAAAUUAUCCCAGUAGUCCUUCUCACUAGCCCAAUCGCAGUAGCCUGAAUCAUUUUCUCCGCCCGUGGUCAAUCAGCCACUCACAGUUGGCUACGACGAACCACGGGCGACUCGAGUAGUACCUUAAUUUUUGGUUUGUGCGCAAAUCGAAUGAUGCAACAAUUAGCAAUUGUGAAACAAGCAACAAGCAAUGUUUUCUGUUUGAUGCAAAGUGUUUCCGUUAACUGUUUAAUUUUUCAAAUAUUGGAAUUUUAUAUGUUGAAGAGUUUAAUAUAUGAUUUUGGAUGCGAUUGGUUCGGCUGAAAGCUGUCACCCAAGCGAGAAGACGGAACUGUAAAGAUGGGAAAAGAUUCCUUCACACUUUCACAUAUGCAAUACAGACACCCCCCCCCCCCCCCCCCACACACACACACAUACACUCUCAAACGUACAAGUCGUUUCAUACCGUAACAUCCGAGUUUAGUGUAACAAACAAUAUCAUUAUGCGGUCAGAUAAGAAUAGGAUGGGCGAGAAGUUUUAUAGGUGUGUUUCAACUAAGGCACCGUCGGUAUGAUUCUUCGGGAAAUUAGAGGUAAAACUGUGUAAAAAAGAACCUAUUGAAAAUAUAUUUUAAAACAAAUUUACCACCCUUAAACCUAGUAGUUCUUAGAAUGUGUUCGAGUUAUACUAAUUGAGCGAAAAAAGGGAUGAAAGUAAAAUGAUGACACAGAAAGUACCUAACCACUACUUUGCAACUGGGAAAGAAUGCUAAUGCGAGUCGGAUUUUCAUAGAUAGGAUUUACCAAUAGAUAACAUAAUUACAACACACACACACAUACAUACACAGACAUACAUUCGUACACUUUUUUGAGCGUGAGAGAACAGAAGACGAAGUAACACUUAUGCAGUGGUAGUUGUUUUAAUGGGAAGAAAAGUGAACUCCUACUUACAGGACUCGCACUAUCACACGCUUUCCACAAAUGAGCUAAUAAAUUAAUAGCGUAACUAGCGGAGCGCGUCAUCUGCACGGAAUUUGAUUUUCAGCAACACCAUGUAAAGUGAGGUUUAAUAUCUUUCGUAAAAUUAAGGAAUGGCAUGGCAUCUCUGCUUGCUGCAAAUAGGUACACUCAAAACAUAUGAAAACAUGUUAUCAGGCAGAAGCUACGUGUGGAUAUUUUUGAGUGCACAACCGGCCAUACUGUAUCAGGUUCGAUCGACCUUAAAACAAUCGGUUUUGACCUAUUGAUGAACUUUUUUUUUUGCCACGUAGUCACUGUUAUUAAUUUUAACGCUUUGCGCUGGAAUGCGUCACCACGUAACUACAAUGCAAGUAUAACUUUUAUUCAUCGGAGAUUAAGUAGCAGGAUUUGCGAGGACAGUUCGGAAGGAAGUUCGCUCAUGUACAUCGGACAUGUAGACACGUACAUUCAAACACAUACAAUGAACAUAUAGGAACGCUUAUUUUCGAGAAGGUAUAUUAUUGAGAAAUCGUACACUUAUAUUAAUAUAUUUUAGUCUAUACAUAUUUUUUGUUCAUUGGAAACCAGUAAAAAAAAUGUAGUUGUAACACUUAGGAAAGCAUUAAAAUCAUGCGCUGCUGCAGUGGAAACGUAGACGAAAUUAAAUUAGUGGAAAUGAAACGGAAUU